CGGGGGUUAAUACCAUCCAGAUCUCUGGAACCGGUGGAUGGGGUCCGGAUAUUGAUCAGCUGGCUAUUCCGUUGUAAGACAGUGAACUGUGCCGCCAUGGAAAUGACAAGUCUUACUCCUCUAAUAAUAGUAAUGGUCCAGUUGGCUAAUCAACGCCCGUUGGGAACCGCGCGCGUAGCCUCGAGAGCCCCAACACUGCUGACAUGUCGGCCAUCCCAGCCUGAACCAGCAGCCAAUUAAAUACGGUACCCAGCCGCCGCAGGAUUUCUCAAAUAUUUGUAUCUGCCACAAUUGCUGUUGUAAAUACUAUUGCUAUAAAACCUUUGUCGAGUCCGAAUAAAGAAAAUCCGCAAUAAACAAUGCCCCCAAACAACACAGCGGAAAGCAUAUUCGCUCAUGACAACGCGAAUGUCCAUGUGGGGAAUAACUACCACACAUUCUACUACGGGGAUAAUGGUCUGGGGGAAUCAAAUCCAGAGCUAAAACGACUCCGAAUCCUCCAGCAGCUGUACCAGGCCCCUGGCAUAGAAGCUGCAUGUCCCAUCGACUACGAAUCGUAUAAGGCCCGAAAUCCUACGGGUGCACCUGGAACCUGCGAGUGGCUCUUGGAGAGCGAGCAGUAUGAGAAAUGGAGACCUGCCCCUACUUCCAGUUUUCUAUGGCUGACGACCGAUGCCGGGAGCGGGAAGUCGGUGCUGGCAUCGACGAUUGUGGACGAGUUACGGAGGAGCGAGACAGCCGCGGUGGUUUGCCAUUUCUUCUUUCGAGAUGAUGAUGAGACUCAAAACAAUGCAAUCUCUGCUUUGCGGGCGCUUUUGCACCAGCUUCUGAUGGCUAGCGAAACGAUACCAUCUACGCUGGCGGCAGAAUACGACAACAAGGGAGAGGCGGCAUUUUCGAGUGUUCCAGAUUUAUGGAGGCUGUUCGUCAGUGCAGUUUCUGAGGGAGGAAAGGAUGUUUUCUGUAUAUUUGAUGGCCUUGACGAGUGCGAGGCAGUGACCCAGAGCUUCUUAGCCAAGGCGAUAUCCAAGUUAUACGAGGGUGAUGUGACUCUGAACAACACCAAACAGCCAGGGCAGUCUCCAUUCCUCAAGAUCUUCGUCACGGCCAGGCCUCUAAACUGGGUAACGACAAAACUACAUAAACUGAGUCACUGUCGCGUGAGAGGCGAGGACCAAGCCGAGUUGAUAGGGCUCGAUAUCCACCAUGUCCUAAACCGAGAAAUCAGCGAGCUAUUAGAAGAUGGCCUCAUCGAGCGCCGCACAUCAUCUCUUAUUCAUUUGAAGCUAUCGGAGCAGGACAACUAUACCUAUCUUUGGGUUUCUAGAGUUUUCCAAAAACUCAGAGAGUGCGCUGAAGAUGGUGCUUCCGAGGCCGAAUUGCUUAAUGUCUUCGAUGAUAGCAGCAUUAUAUACCCGGUAUACGCAAAUUACCUCGGUCAAUGUACACGGAAGCAUUCAGAGCAUGAUGCAGAGCUCAGAAAAUGUUUCUUCCAGAUUCUCCUCGCUGCUGCACGACCACUGACUCUGAUCGAAAUGGACUAUGCCUUGUCGAUCUGUGCCGAGCAUAAACAUAGCCGGGAUAUACUCCCAGAUCUGCACCCUGCCAGGGAGAAUUUCCUAAGACGGGUAGGAGGCUCUCUUGUUACAUUCCGCGGACAGAUAGUCAGUUUUAUUCACAGUAGCGUACGGGACUUUCUUCUCGCAGGCCCUCCCGAUUCUGUCUCUCCGGGAUCGACGGAAGCUUCAUUUGGUAACUGGUAUCAUUCUAUAAACCUUAAAGAGUCGCACCAGAUUCUCGCACAACGAUGCAAAUGGUACCUUCUUUUGAGCGACCUCAGUACGCCUGCGACAGCCACGGGUCCUUCGCAGCAAGAUAGGGAGGCUGCCUAUACCAAAAGGGCUGAACAACACCCGUUUCUUUGUUACGCAUCGAGGCACCAACGCCGGCAUGAAAGGAUGGGAUCGUCGGCUGAAAAGGAUUAUGAUCUGGCUGACCUUGCGUCGAGAAGCUCAUAUACAAGUGAUGGUGGCUCUUAGACCUUGAUGUUGGGUGCGGCAAUAUAUUGCUAAUGAAUCAACAAAUGCCUGAUGAGAUGUUGCUACUUGUGGAAACUAGAGUGUAAGCUCAAAGAAAUCUCUAUUGUUGAGUCUGAUAUCCAGAGUUCAUCGUAAUAAUAUAAAUGGUGCAUUGGCACAAUGAGCGACAUAACGGAAUCCCUCCUGGUAUUCUUUGUUCAAAGCAAGCCAUACGGUCCCAGCUCUAUAUCUACAGAGAGUCCCACGGGUUUCCUGAAUUAUAUCCCAUUUGCAUCCGCUCAAGCUGCCUGAUUCUCAUUUUGAUUUUCCCAAUAUGGCCUCCCAUAUCUGACAAAGCUCGUUUCAAAACGGGUAGGUUAUUGAAUGUUGUUGCAGACAAGGGGAAUUCAACAACCGCCUCAGGCAAAAUCAUAGGGUCCGGUAGG